UACUCCUGCCCCAUGCCCGCCCCCACUGCCCCACUCAAGGCCAAUCUCUCACUGUGGGAGACUGACGCUGAACAGCGCUGUCUUUGGUGAAUGCCCACAGCAGAUGCCACGCAGUUCCGAAGCAGGAUACUGCUGCCUGACCAGGGACUCCAACAUGCCCGACAGUAGAGAUGCUCAGCAGCAAGGUGCCUUGGAGACCACCCAAAACAACUCCCAAACCAGCUCCUUAAUUGAUGGGCGAACGCUCCCCAAAGAGUCCUCAACUCAUGGCCUUGAGUUCUCAGCUCCAGAGAAGGCCUCACCGCCAGAUGCCGCAGAGGAAACACUCUGGACAGCUCGGGCAGAUGGAAGAGUGCGCCUGCGCCGGGAACCCUUCUGCACGCAGCCACCCUAUACCGUGCACCGGAUGUUCUACGAGGCCCUGGAUAAGUACGGGAGCCUCAGUGCUCUGGGCGUCAAGCGCAGAAACAAGUGGGAACGCAUCUCUUACUACCAGUACUACGAGAUUGCCCGCAAAGUCGCCAGGGGCUUUCUGAAGCUCGGCCUGGAGCGAGCCCACAGCGUGGGGAUCCUCGGCUUCAACUCCCCAGAGUGGUUCUUCUCUGCGGUGGGCACAGUGUUCGCAGGGGGCAUUGUCACUGGCAUCUACACCACUAGCUCCCAUGAGGCCUGCCAGUACAUCGCCCACGACUGCCGUGCCAACGUCAUUGUGGUUGACACACAGAAGCAGCUGGAGAAGAUACUGAAGAUCUGGAAAGAUUUGCCACAUCUAAAAGCAGUGGUGAUAUACCAAGAACCCCUUCCAGAGAAGAUGGCCAACGUGUACACGAUGGAAGAACUCAUAGAACUGGGACAAGAAGUACCUGAGGAGGCCCUGGACGCUGUCAUCGACACCCAGCAGCCCAACCAGUGCUGCGUGCUGGUCUACACAUCCGGCACCACCGGAAACCCCAAGGGCGUGAUGUUGAGUCAAGACAAUAUCACAUGGACGGCGCGGUUCGGCAGUCAGGCUGGGGACAUCCAGCCAGCAGAAGUCCAGCAGGAGGUCGUAGUCAGUUACUUGCCCCUCAGCCACAUUGCUGCCCAGAUCUACGACCUGUGGACCGGCAUCCAGUGGGGAGCCCAGGUCUGCUUUGCAGAUCCCGAUGCCCUAAAGGGGAGCCUGGUGAACACACUGCGGGAGGUGGAGCCCACAUCCCACAUGGGGGUGCCUCGUGUGUGGGAGAAGAUCAUGGAAGGGAUCCAGGAGGUGGCGGCUCAGUCUGGCUUCAUCCGGCGCAAGAUGCUGCUAUGGGCCAUGUCAGUGACCUUGGAACAGAACCUCACUUGCCCUAGCGAUGACCUGAAGCCCUUCACAAGCAGACUGGCAGAUUACCUAGUAUUAGCCAAGGUCCGUCAGGCUCUGGGCUUUGCCAAGUGUCAGAAGAACUUCUACGGAGCAGCCCCCAUGACUGCGGAGACACAGCGCUUCUUUCUGGGCCUUAACAUCCGCCUGUACGCAGGCUAUGGCCUCAGCGAGAGCACAGGCCCCCACUUCAUGUCCAGCCCCUACAACUACCGACUGUACAGCUCUGGCAAGUUGAUCCCUGGCUGCCGGGUGAAGCUGGUGAAUCAGGAUGCCGACGGCAUUGGUGAGAUCUGCCUGUGGGGCCGCACCAUCUUCAUGGGCUAUCUGAACAUGGAGGAAAAAACAUGUGAGGCCAUUGACUCGGAAGGCUGGCUACACACGGGUGACAUGGGCCGUCUGGAUUCUGAUGGCUUCCUCUACAUCACUGGGCGCCUCAAAGAAUUAAUCAUCACUGCGGGUGGGGAGAAUGUGCCCCCGGUGCCCAUUGAGGAGGCCGUGAAGACGGAGCUGCCCAUCAUCAGUAGUGCCAUGCUGAUAGGGGACCAGAGGAAGUUCCUGUCCAUGCUGCUGACUCUGAAGUGCACGCUGGACCCAGAGACAUCGGAGCCAACGGACAACCUGACAGAGCAAGCUGUGGAGUUCUGCCAGCGGGUGGGCAGCAGGGCCAGCACCGUAUCCGAGAUUGUGGGGCAGAGAGAUGAGGCUGUGUAUCAGGCCAUCCAGGAAGGGAUCCAGAGGGUGAACGCGAAUGCAGCAGCCCGGCCCUACCACAUCCAGAAGUGGGCCAUUCUCAAACGUGACUUCUCCAUUUCCGGUGGAGAACUAGGCCCCACCAUGAAACUGAAACGGCUCACGGUUCUGGAGAAGUACAAAGAUAUCAUCGAUUCCUUUUAUCAGGAGCAAAAACAGUAGUCGGGGGCCAUGCUCUUGGCAUCUGCUGGAGGGAGGAUGGCCUGGUGUCUCCCUGCCUGGACACAGCACUGACAUCUCCAAUACCUUAGCCACUGCUCCUGCUCAGGUGUCAGAGAAACCGCGCUCCUUCUGAAAGAGAAGACUGUUCAUUUUGGCCUCAGUCCAGGCAGACUUACAAGGUUCUAGUCCUGGGAACAGGUCUACCAGGGCUGGCUGCUGGACAGGGAAAAGGGAUGACAGCCCCAUUACUAAUGCGUGCUGCAGAGACAGCAGUCACAGCUUGCCUAAUGGCCUCACUUAACUCUGGCAUCUUCUUGGACGCUAGUACCAGGCUCUCCUCCACUUUAAACACAAUAGGCUUGAUGCUUAACAAACUGCUUCUGCCUAUGUGGCUGUAUUUAAUAUGUAAUUUUGAGUAUUAAACCUUUUAACAAACCUGCAACAAGUAACCUGAUGUUUUUUGUCGGUUGGGCGGGUAGAACAGAGCAUGAACAGUUAACCCACGGAAGUGAGAGUUAACCAUUAGUAUAUCAUUAGCGGCCUACAAUACACAAAGGUGCAAGAUGGGGUCAGGUGGAACGUUCCAGUUAAAGCAGUCAACCCUAUUACCACCUAUUACAACAAGCUAAGCCAAAAUGCCUUAAGGCACCCAAGAGGCAGAGAAUGCAAACAUCUCAGCAGUUUUUAAAUUCUUUAUUACUGUGAACCCAAAGCCACUGGUAACUAGAACAAUCCAGUAAGACAGGGAAAGCAGCAGCU